AUGUUUAUUUUAUGUUCAUAUGUUGCUAGCAAACCAAAGAAAUCUUUCAAGUUGGUGACCUUGAUUUCUGAACCAUAUGCUUCACAUGACGCUUGGCAUCCAACUAUACCCCCUCCACCUGAAUCAGGUCCUGCAGGUUGUUGCACAUGGUCAAGUGUAUUUUCCGAUUCUAUUUCAAAACCAAUCAUUAUUGAUGUACGAAGUCCUGAUGAAUUUAAUGAAGAUCACAUUCACGGAGCAAUAAAUCUUCCUGUUUUAAAUAAUGAAGAAAGAGCAAUCGUUGGCCGUUUAUACAAUCAAGAUGAUCGUAUUCAAGCUCGCCUUUAUGGUGCAUCUUUGGUCUGUGCUAAUAUUAGUCGUUGUUUGAAAGAACUUUCUUAUCAAUAUGGUUUACAACUAGACAAUUCGGUUCCUGUAAAUCAUCACUCUAAUGGAAAAAGAAAAAUUGUAAAAUAUCCCGAUUUUUUUAUUUAUUGUUGGCGUGGAGGUCAAAGAUCUAAUUCUUUAGCAACUAUAUUAUCUGAAGUAGGCUGGCCGGGUAAUAUAUAUACACUUGUUGGUGGAUAUCGUUCUUGGCGUAGACUUCUACUUCGUCAGUUGGAUGCAUGGCCUCGUUGGUCUAUACUGAGUCCGUUUUGGGUCAUAUCUGGUCUUACUGGUUCCGGGAAAUCUUUAAUACUUCAAGAGUUACACGAUCAUGGUGAAACCGUUUUCGAUUUAGAAGCUUUGGCUAAACAUAAAGGUUCAAUGUUUGGUGGUGAUAGUGUAUUAUCAAAUAGUGACACUAGCGACCAUCAAAUCUCUACCAAUAAAGGUAGUCAACAAAAGUUUUUUGAAUCUCAACUUCAUCAUGUAAUGAUGACAAAUAAGCAUCGAUUGUCAUUCUGCAAAAAUAUUUUAUGGAUCGAAUGCGAAUCACGGCAUAUUGGACCAGUUUGUGGGUUAUCUGAUGGUUUAUGGUCACGAUUAAGAUCUACAGAUCCAAAUGUUGGCACCCAUCGAUUAUGGAUUGAUAUUACAGAAGAAGCAAGAGUUGCUUGGAUUUUAGAAAAUUAUUCUACUGUUACUCGGAAUGUUCCAAAAGUUCUAGCUAUUCUCAAAAGUUUAAAUGAAUAUAUACCAGAUAAAUUGAUUAAUCAGUGGACUGAAAUGGUACAUCGUGAAGAUUUCACCAGUUUUGUAACCGGUUUACUUCGACAUCAUUAUGAUCCACUGUAUAUAAAAAAUCGUCGUCACAUAAUAGAAGAUGCUAAAAAGAAUGGUUUAUUCCAUCGUAUCUCUCUUCAUAGUGUUGACAAAACAACUAUACAAACAAAAAUUAUACCACAGAUAUUGGAUUUAGCAUAUACUACAAGUUCUUCUGAUGUACAACAAAAUCAGUUACCUAAAAGUCAUAUAGCUAUUUAA